GGAAGUGUCACACUCCCGCCAAUUCGGAUUUGGGAGCGCGAGGCAAAGCAGCGGGGUAAAGGGAGUAUGGUGGGAGACGCGGAAAGAGUAUGUGAAAUAAAUUAGUAAUAAAUGUCGUUUAAAUAGCAGCGUAAUAGUUGGUUCGCUGUCGGGGGGUAUUCUCGGGUGUUUACUCAAACCUGUGCCGUUGUUUUUACGGGUUAAUAUAUCGUAAACCUGAGGGAGAACCGGCUUUAGUUACUGGGAUGUUGGCGGCGGAUAACCUCUCCGUGGACGGUCAUUUAUCAGCGUCGACACCCCGGAGAAGAGGCAUGGAUUGUAAGUCAAGUAAAAAUGCCAACAAGAAAUUUAUCCAAGCUCGUCUCCCAUUCAAGCGCAUGAACCCUGAACCUAAAGAGAACCAGCCGCCUAAACGCCCUUGUGCACAUGCCUGCCCCAAACCAGACGUCUCAGACAGGGAGAAUGAGAAUGAGCCCUCUGAACCCCCUGUACACAGUGGACCACCUUUGGUUAAUGGUCGCGGGCCCCUUGAUGGCUUCCUGAGCCGUAGGCGCCCUAAAGAUGAGAACAUGGUUAUAGAUCUGACCGAGGACAAAACGUCAUCUCCCGUAAAGCACCUUGCUUCACCGGCCCCCGCCUCACCCUGCCUCCCAGCAAAAGACAAGCAUCAGGGCAAAGACAAAACUGCAUCUUCUGGGAAAUCCAGCAAUGCUGAUCACACUCCUAAAACACACACUUUAGACUGCACAGCAGCUAGCGAAGAUGAGGAAGAAGAGAUGGAGGAGGAAGAAGAAGAAGAAGAUGGUAAUCAGACAGCAUCUAUUUCGCAGCUCGACACAACGCAGGAUUCUGAAAGUGAGCCAGAGGAGCAGGAUGAGUCGGGAAACGUUUCCAGUUUAGGAAACGUUUCCAGUUUAGGAAACAGGUCCAUGCUGUCACCUUCAUCAGUCAGCUCCACAUCUGAGAGCUCACCAGAGAAAUCCAAGACUGAUGACCCCACACCCACUGGUACACCUACAGAGCCAAAGACCACCCCCAAGACACCAUCAGAUCAGAAAAUCCUCAAAAGACGCUCAUUGAAGGGUGAACAAGAGAAGCUUCGUCUGCGAGAGGAGAAAGAACGCCAGAAGGAAGAGGCUAAAGCUGAGAAGGAGAAAAAGAAAGAAGAGGCUCGCAGGCUAAAGGAUGAGCAAGAAAAGGAGAAACGGGAGAAACGUGACAAAAAAGAGAAACAAAAACAAGACAAAAAAGAGAAGGAGGAGAAGGAAAAGGCGGAAAAGGCAGACAAGUUAAAAGCAAAAGAGGAGCUACGGAAAUCAAAGCUAGAGGCAAAGCUUGAAGAGAAACGGAAGAAAGAAGAGGAGAAGCAAAUGAAGGAAGAAGAGAAACGGUUGAAAGAAGAAAAGGAUCGCCUCAAAGCUGAGAAAGCAGAAAUUACACGUUUUCUGCAGAAACCCAAGAUCCAACAGGCUCCAAAGUCACUUGCAGCUGCUUGUGGGAAGUUUGCUCCAUUUGAGAUAAAGAAGCACAUGGCUCUGGCACCACUAUGCCGGGUUCAGUGUGAGGACUCUGUUCUGGAGGAACUGGACCGUUGUUUGUUGAAUCCUGCUGAUAACUUGAAUGGACUGAAAGACUGGAUCGGGCCAAAACCUCGCAGCUCAGGACCCACCAAGCCCAGACAGACAGACUCACUCUGCGAGUGUAUAACAACAGAAGGGCCUAAACCAGACGGUGUGCCAGAUCGUAAACGUUAUGGAUCCAUGAAGCUGCUGCAGUUCCACGCGAACUACCGUCCAGCGUACUGGGGCACCUGGAGUAAGAAGAGUUCACACAUCUCCCCUCGCUGCCCUCUCAGACAAGACAAGGAUUUGUUAGACUAUGAGGUGGUUAGUGAUGAAGAAUGGGAAGAAGAGGAACCAGGAGAAUCCCUGUCACACAGUGAAGGGGAAGAUGAGGAGGAAGGAGGUGAUGAUGACAGUGAUGAUGAUGGCUUCUUUGUUCCUCAUGGCUACCUCUCAGAAGAUGAGGGGGCUCCAGAAGAAGAGGAGGGCGGUGACCUGGAGAAGCAGAAACUCCGUCAGAAAGUGAAAGCAAAGGAAUGGGAUGAGUUGAUGUCCACCAAGAAGAAGAUGAAGGUGCUGGACCCGGUGGUGAGGGGCUGCGUCUGGGAGGGAGAAGGACCUGGUCUGCAGCUCUUACAGCCUUAUGCUGUGUGUCUGGUCGAACCUUUACCCAAGGCCAACACCAGCCCCAGUCCAGAGGCGUCUUUACAGAAGCGUCAGAGAGAAGCUCAAUUACUCGGUCAGCUGCUGCCUCUGCUGCACGGCAAUCUCAACAGCAGCAAAGUGAUCAUCACUGAGUUUCAGGAGUUUUGUCGUCAGCAGACCUCCUCUUCCUCCUCCUCCUCCUCCUCAUCACCUCCUGAACUGUCCAGCCCUCAGAGCCCAGCAGAAAACAUCCCCACCAGAAUACAGGUGAAACGCCUCAUCAAGAGCAAUGCUGUUUAUGAGAAGCGCUCAACCUACAGACGCUGCUGCUGGUAUGUGCACACAGAGGUCCUGACCCGUUGUGGGCAGGAGGCUCUUCCUGUGCCCUGCCACUGGACCUACCUCACCUCAGGAGCUCGAGAAGACUCCCGCGAAGAACCCCAGGCAGCCACAGGCUCUCAGGGAAACUCUCCCACUACGCCACAGACCUCCUCCACCACGUCUUCAUCCUCCAACAAGAGGAAGAGCACGGGCAGCAUGUCAAUCACCAAGUUCAUGAAGAGAUGUACUGACCCCGAGCAGACUGAAGCAACGGAGGCAGACGGUUUUCAAGCUGACACUGAGGAAGACGACGAGGAAGACUGUGUCAUCAUCUCCACACAGAAUGGCCCGACCUCCUCCAGCGAGGGAGACUGUCUGAUGGAAGUCACGCCCUCGGACACAGCUGCUCUCCCCGUGGCCAGCGCUGCUCCGACACUCGCCACCGCCUGAGGACGGGAGAGGCCGGCUCCUCUAAACCAAGCUACCCCGUUUCCCUCGUAAACUUCUCCUUUCUGGCUCUGAACUCUACUGUGUCCAAGACAGAAUCAAAGUCUUCCAGCAAGGUGAAGCACCACACUCUGGUACAGGCAACUCACAGCGGGUGGCUUCUGCUCAGUAUUAUAAGUCUCUUAUUAUUUUAAAUGAGUCAGGAGUCACCUUGCCUGUAAAAUGUGCAUAAAAUCAGGACUGUCUGACUUGAUUAUUGGGGGCACUUUUGUCCAAUGUUCAUUAACUAUGUGUCUGAUCUUUGCAUUGAAGUAUGUUUCAGUCAGGCAUGUUUGGCGUGGGCCUCUUUAAAGUCUCUCUGGCGCUGCUUUAGCUACAGCAGAUUGGGUUGAGCAGAGGGAGGAAGAGCAGAACGGAAAAUGCCCAAUGUUCAUGAGAAGAAGCAUCAAGAACAGCAUUAUUUACAGUUCUUGAAAUGUUUGAAUUCAUGACGUUAUUGGAUAUCUUCUAGUCUAAAUGUGUGUGUAUAUAUAUAGUUUACCGAAAUAAGAGUUGGGGGGGAAAUGAGAGGCUGAAAGUCCAUCUGUACAUUUCCCUUCGAUUUCAAUGGGUGCAUUUAUUCUGCAAUUUCUAACUCUGACAACUCACUGGAGUAGUUGCUAGAUCUGUACUUGUACAGUUAGGUCCAGUGUCACAGUGUUUUAUAAAUAUGUAUUUUCUGUAUUUUUUUCAAGAAUACUUGAACAGGAUAAAUUCAUUAAACAUGAAUAAAAGUACUGCACUUUUAUAUUCCA